AUGAACCUCAAUGUAUUAGACAUUAUAGUCCUCGUGAUAUAUUUUGUAGCUUUAUUGUGUACUGGAAUAUAUGCAUUGUUUGCAUCCAGAAGAGGGACUGUUACUGGUUAUUUUUUAGCUGGCCGGUUUAUGACAUGGCUUCCUGUCGGUGCAUCAUUAUUUGCGAGUAACAUUGGAAGCGAACAUUUUAUUGGUUUAGCUGGAUCAGGAGCGGCAGCUGGCAUAGCGGUUGGCGCUUUUGAACUGAAUGCGUCAAUUUUACUUCAACUUCUUGGGUGGGUAUUCCUGCCUGUGUAUAUUGCAAGUGGAGUAUUUACAUUGCCUGAGUACAUGAAGAAACGAUAUGGCGGAGAAAGAAUACAUAUGUAUCUCGCUCUUUUGUCUCUCAUACUAUAUAUUUUUACAAAGAUUUCUGUCAAUUUAUAUUCAGGUUCACUGUUUUUAACUGAAGCAUUAAAAUGGAAUACUUGGGCAUCAAUAGUUAUGCUGCUUUUCCUGACUGGUCUUAUUACUGUUACCGGUGGAUUAGCAGCUGUUCUAUAUACAGAUACACUACAAUUUUUCGUGAUGAUAAUUGGUGCUUUAAUAUUAGCGAUAAUAAGCUACAUAAAUGUUGGAGGCUUUAGUGGUGUCCUUUCUUCUUAUGGUCAUGCUAUAGCCCCGAUAAAUAUCUCAUCAAGUACAGAUUCAGACAUAAUAAUCAGUUUGGCGAAUGUUCUUAACACAACAAAUUAUACUUCACUAACUCAAUUGGCAAGUUCACCAGAUGUCAAUCCUAGUCUGAGAUGUAGUCUACCACCUGAAAAUGCAUUUGUAUUAUUACGUGGAAUUGAUGAUCCUGAUAUGCCAUGGCUUGGAUUUUUACUUGGCCAAACACCUGCAUCUAUAUGGUAUUGGUGUACUGAUCAGAUGAUGGUACAACGUGUUUUAGCUGCAAAAAGUUUAUCACAUGCUCAGGGUGCCACAUUAAUGGCCGGUCUUAUUAAACAGUUACCUUUAUUUUUAAUUGUAAUACCUGGAAUGAUAAGUCGAAUAUUGUUUCCAGAUGUGAUUGGUUGUAAACCUGGACCAGAUUGUUAUCGAAUAUGCGGACAAAAAAGUGGAUGUUCAAAUUUAGCCUAUCCGAAACUUGUAAUUAAUAUUAUGCCAUCAGGUCUUAGAGGCCUUAUGUUGGCCGUGAUGCUAGCUGCAUUAAUUUCUGAUCUAACUUCGAUUUUCAAUUCUGCUAGUACGUUGUUUACAGUUGACGUUUAUUUGAAAAUUAGGAAAAAAGCAAAGAAUAUGGAGAUAAUGGUUGUUAGUCGAAUAUUUAUAAUUAUAUUAAUAUUAUUGAGUAUUGCAUGGAUUCCUGUCAUUCAAGAAUUACAAGGCAGUCAAUUAUUUAUUUAUAUUCAAGCUAUUUCAGCUUAUCUUGCUCCACCUGUAGCUUCAGUUUAUUUAUGCGCUGUUUUAAUUAAACGAACUACAGAAAAGGGGGCAUUUUAUGGAUUAAUGUAUGGUUUAAUUAUUGGUUUAAUACGAUUAAUAUUAACUAUUAUAUAUCAUGAACCAAUAUGUGGUGAAUAUGAUCAUAGACCAUGGUUUAUUAAAAAUAUACAUUAUAUGUAUUUUGCAUUAUUUUCAUUUAUCACAUGUGGUAUUAUUGUAUGUUUAUUAUCAUUAAAUGAAAAACAAUUAACUAAUGAACAAUUACAACAUUUAACUUAUUGGACUGCAUGGGAUAAAUCCAUGAAUCAUUCAUUAUAUAAUAAUAGAAAUUUACAUAAUCAUAUUUCAUCUAAUGAAAUGAUUCAUGAUAAUAUAGAGAAUGUAAUGAAUGAGAAUGAUGUUAAUAUGAUGAUUAACAAUAUUCAUUAUCAUCAAUAUGAAAAUAAUGAAAUCAUUAAUAAAAGAGAAAUAUCAUCAACUUCUGAAUGUCAACAACAACAACAACAGCAAAAAGAAUUUGUAAAUAAUAAAACUAUGGAAGAUCAUGAUUUACCAGAUAAAAAAACAUCCCAAACUUCAUCAUCAGAUUGGUAUAAAAUUAUGAAAAAUAUAUGUUUAUGGUUUUGCGGUUGUGCUGAUCAUCCAUGUUCUAAUAUAGAAUCUGAUAAUGAGAAGAAAUUGGGCAACUUAGUAUUAGAAGAUGAUAAUAAUUUCGAUUCAGAAGAACAUUAUGCAAAGAUUACUUCAUUAAAACAAAAUCCAAAUGUUAAAUUAGGUUUGUAUAUUGGUUUAUUAUUCAUUAUUAUUUUAUCUAUAUUUGGUUUUAUAUUUUUUUCUAUUUAUUUUGGUUCUAUAUCAAUUGGUCCAUUACCUAUUUCUAUUGAUAAGAUGAUGAUAAAUGAUACAAUAAAAAAUGCUAUAAAAUCAUUAGAACAUUAUGGAAUAAUUACAAUACAAUGA